AUGGCGACCUCAGAAGAAUUCAAACACCACGUCGUCCAACUAGACGGCCACAUUGACCUCCCUCCCCUGCGCUUCCCCCACACCUUCGAGAAACACCUCCACACCUCACCAUCAGAACUGCCCUCCCGCAUCGCCUCUGCCACAAUCGCCAUUGGGACCGCCGUCACCAUCACAAAAGCAAACUUUCUCUCUGCCACCAAACUCAAACUUCUGGCUUGUCUGGGUGCCGGCUGCGACAGAUUUGACCUCCAUGCUGCCAAAGAGUGUGGUGUCACUGUGACGAAUACACCUGCACAAAACACAAGCACGGUUGCUGAACAUGCGUUGAGUUUGUACUUUGCGGUCAAGAGAAAGAUUGUUGAGUUAGACCGUUUCACGAAGGAGGGAGAGAGAUGGAAGUCGCAGGGGAUGAGUUCGACGGAGUUCAAGGGUGUCAUGCCUAGGAUCUGUGAAGAGGAAAUUGUGGGCAUUAUUGGGUAUGGAGCCUUGGGUAAACGCGUAGAGAAAAUGUGCAAAGCCCUCGACAUGUGCGUCCUCAUCGCCGAGCGCAAAGGUUCUUCUGACAUCCGAGCCUCCCGCAUAGGCUUCGAAGAUGUCCUCCGGGGAUGCACAACACUCUUCGUAACCUGCCCCCUCGAUCCCUCCACCCACAACAUGAUCUCCCACCACGAGCUCUCUCUACUUCAACCCAUGUCCAUCCUUGUCAACGUAGGCCGUGGAGGCAUUGUCAAUGAAAUUGCUCUCGCAACCGUCCUCAAAGAGGGAAAGCUGCUAGGUGCCGGCACGGAUGUUUUCGAGCAUGAGCCAGCCACCAAGGAGAACUGUCCAUUGCUGGCAGAAGAUGUACCGGGCUUGGUUGCUACACCGCACUUAGCUUGGUUCUCAGACAGGACGAUCCUAGGGACCAAGGAGUGUGUGAGAGAUACUAUUGAGGCGUUUGUCAGAGGGGAGCCGGUGAACAUCGUUGCGGACGGGAGAAAGCAGGUAGAGUGA